AUCGCCAUCGUUCACGUCUCAGCAACACACAGCAGCUAUAGUAUCAUGAAGCUCACUUACUUCGCUUCCGCAGUCCUCGCGGUUCUCGUUGUGCUCCCCGCUGCUCACGCGGAAGUCAAGGCAGCCUGUGGAACGGACGGAGAGGUUGUCAGCAACACUACCUUUGUCCACAACGGCCAUCAGAUCAGUGUCGUUACCCAAAGCUGCCCCGGAUUUGCUCAGCGCCGUGCUCUUGAACGUCGCGAGCCAGUCUUGCAGGAAAAGCGCCAGUUGGACAUCUGCGGCUAUGAAGCUACCAUCGAAUGUGAAGAUCUGGGGGCGGAGCCCCUUCUAGCUUCUUGCUUGACCCUCACCGACGCUCUCGAGGAUUUGGGAACCGAGACAUUUUACUCGGGUCCGGACACGCUGACGACGUUCACUGAUAACGCUGCUCCUGAUUGCGUGUACGGAUUCGCCAAUCCCACGGCCGAUUACUACUAUGUCUGCUACGAGACGGUCGGUGAGCUCGGCUGGGUGGUCGCCGAUGACUGCUACUCAUACGGAGGAGGAUACGGCGUCGUUGGCACCGAAUGGUACCUGGAGGUCUAUAACUGAAAGGAGUAUGGAGAAUCAACACCAAGGGAUUGAACUGAUCCCAGACUUUCUCCUAUUAUAUGUCCGCCUCAUCUUUGUAUCAGUGCACGAGUGAUUUGCUGGAUCUGUUAUGGUUGGUGAUUUAGCCUCCUUCGGGAGCUUUUUCCAUAUAGGAUGGAAUGCAAAGUUCUUUGAUGACAGGUCGG